GCCCUUUUAUGUUGCCACAGCCCGAGGUUAAGGGGCAUGCAACGUAUCAUAGUCCUUAUAAGCAUUGCAUCCGUCAUCGACAGGUAGCAGCCCUCAAUAAUUCGUGAGUCAGAGGUCUUCGAGCGCAGCAGCAUCAGAAGUAUUGAGGGGAGCUGCACAUGUAUGUCGAGCAUCGGCGAAACGCUUUUGUUCACUCGCGUCCAAAUGCGGCGACGAAAGAGAAGUUACCGGAGACCGUAGAGGAAUCUACCACAUGCUGCGAUAUACAAGAAGCGUCAUGCUUUGCUGGCAAGUGCAGAAUCUACAAGGCUGAUUCCCAGGCUAGCAAUCACUCAUAUGAAAGCCAUGUAAAUGUAAUAAGCAAUCCAAAUGUAAGAUAGUUUGUUUCCACACCGUAUCCCGGCUUGAAAAUUAGCAACGCCGUGCUACCAAGCUUGUAAAUCUGAAUAUUAAGAAUGAAUUCAGAAGUAUACGUGGUUAUGAGUGUGAUCGCGUGAGUCCAAUAUACCAGGGACCACCAGAACAAUUAGCUGAGCUGGCGGCCAUAUUAAGUUCUUUUGAUGAGAAGUGCCAGCGCAC